CUGCGGAGGAACAUGGCGCUGUGGGCUUGUCCAGUUGUUCUCGCCCUCAGGCUUUGGGGCCUGGGAGGUGCGCGGCCCUGGACCCGCCGGCCUCGUAUUGCAGGUGGAGGAAGGCCCAUAUCUUUUUCUGCCGGUGCCUCAAGUGUCUCUGGAUGUGGAGGCCACAGUCAGAAGUUUCUCCUGCAGGACAUUGCUGAGCUGAUGAAAACCAGAGCCUGCCAGAGGGUGGUGGUCAUGGUCGGGGCCGGCAUCAGCACACCCAGCGGCGUCCCAGACUUCAGAUCUCCGGGGACCGGCUACUACAGCAUGCUCCAGCAGUACAAGAUCCCCUACCCCGAGGCCAUUUUUGAGCUCUCAUUUUUCUUGCGCGAUCCCAAGCCGUUUUUCACUUUUGCCAAGGAGCUGUACCCUGGGAACCGUAGGCCCAAUGCUGCUCACUACUUCCUGCGACUGCUCCAUGACAAGGGCCUGCUUCUGCGGCUCUACACACAGAACAUCGACGGGCUUGAGAGAGCGUCUGGCAUCCCUGCCUCAAAGCUCGUUGAAGCUCACGGAUCCUUUGCCUCUGCCACCUGCACCGUCUGCCGAAGACUCUUCCCAGGGGAGGACUUCUGGGCGAAUAUUCCAUUUGCUGGUUAUAACACUGUUUGUUUAUCCAUUCACCUACUAAAGGACAUCUUGACUGCUUCCAAGUUUUGACAAUUAUGAAUAAAGUUGCUAUAAACAUCCAUGUGCAGGUUUUUAUGUGGACAUAAGUUCUCAGUUCCUCUGGGUAAAUACCAAGGAGCGUGAUUGCUGAAUCCUAUGGUAAGACUGUGUUUAGUUUGUGUCUUCCAAAGUGGCGGCCCCGUUUUGCGUUCCCAGCAGCAGUGAAUGUGCAUUCCUGUUGCUCCACAUCCUCAUCAGCACUUGGUGUUGUCAGUGUUCUGAUUUUGGCCAUUCUUAAUAGGUGCGUAGUGGAAUAUCAUUGUUUAAUUUGCAAUUUUCUAAUGACAUAUGAUGUUGAACUUGUUUCAUAUGCUCAUUUACCAUCUGUAUAUCUUCUUUGGUGAGGUCUUGGGCUCAUUUUUUAACUGGGUUGCCCAUUUUCUUAUUGUUGAAUUUUAAGAAUUCUUUGUGUAUUUUGGAUAACCGUUCUUUAUCAGAUGUGUCUUUUGCAUAUUUUCUCCCAGUCUGUGACUUGUCAUCUCAUCCUCUUGACAUUGUCUUUCACAGAGGAGAAGUUUUUAACUUUAAUGAAGCCUGACUUACCAUACUUUUCUUUCAUCGAUCAUCUUCUUCCAGAUUGUGUUGGCUAUUGUGAGUCUUUUGCUUUCCAUAUCAACUUUAGAAUCAGUCUGUUGCUAUCCAUUCUCUGCAUAUUUUAAAAAACUUUUCUCUUUGGAGUUUUGCACUUUACUAUGGUAUGUCUCCAUAUGGAUUUCCUUUUGUUUAUUCUGCUUAAAAAUUGUAGAGCUUUCUGAAUCUGAGGUUUGAUAUCUUUCAUUUUUGCUGAAAAAUCUUCAGUCAUGAUCCCUUCAGACAGUGACUGCCCCACUGUGUCCUGUCCUCUCUCUGUGGACCUUGGGUUAAACAUCUCUGAGACUGGUUCACACUGUCCGCAACCCUUGGCGGCUCUUUUCUACAUCCCAUCUUGCUCCUCUUUGCGCUGCACUCUGAGUUUUUCUCCUGAUCUACUUUCCAGUUUAUCGAUAUUCUAUUCUGUCAUAGAGGAUAAAGCCCUUCCACUGAGCUUUAAUUUUCGAUACUCUACUUUUUAUUACUGGAAGUUCUAUCUGGUUCUUUUUCAAAUCCAUGACAUUAUUUUAUACAGCUUUCUAUCUCCAAUAGACAUUUCAAGCCUGUCUUUUAAAAAAUUCACACAUAAUAUAGUUUUUCAUCUGUAUCCAUUAAUGUCUGAAGUCUUUGACUAUCUGUUCCUUUUGUCUGUUGUUUCUCCUGCUCCUUACUGGGUUCAGCCUCUGCAUAAACAAAUCCCAUUAGCUGUAAAGGUUUAUCUUAGAAGCCAGGUGUCUUUUUCCUUAGUUUCCUCCUCUAAAGUCUAGCCCAAGCAUGAGUCCAAGUGUAGCAGGAUGUAAUAAUAGCUUCCAUCUGCUUCACGUUGGCCUGCAAGGAGGAGGUCUGUGGAAAAUGCUGUGACUCAUAACUCCAGCCAGUGAGUUGAAGCCGACCUGAAUGUGUUCAGGGCUAAGGUGAUGUCAGGAUCACCUCAGCUAAAAUCAGGGACACAUUUAUACCGUCAUUUUCAUUG